AUGUCGUCGUUCAUCGGAUCACACGAGUUCGAGAAGACCCAUGGCUACCUUGAUUGGCUGACCUUGUUGCCUUGGGGAAAUUUCAGACUUCUCAAUUNUCUUGACCGCAAGUUCUUUCGAUUCUCUGUUGGAGGAGUAUAUGAUGUUAACGAGAUUAAGGGGCAUCGUCGAACAUAUAUUGGUGCAUUGCCUGGAAGGAUGGUGCUAAAGAGUGUUGGAACAGAAAAUCCACUUGUCUUGAUAGAUGAGAUUGACAAGAUUGGAAAGGGGCAUUCUGGCGAUCUCGCCAGUGCGUUGUUGGAGGUUUUGGAUCCAGAGCAGAAUGCAAAAUUUUUAGACCACUAUCUCGAUGUUCCUAUAGACUUAUCAAAGGUUUUAUUUGUAUGCACAUCAAAUGAGAUAGAUAAGAUUUCGGGUCCUCUUCUAGACAGAANGAAGUUCAUUACUCUCCCAGGAUAUGUUACUGAUGAGAAAAUGCAUAUUGCUAGAGACUAUUUGAUGAAAACCACAUGCAGAGAUUGUGGCAUUAAGCCUGAGCAGGCUGUUAUGAACGAUUUCAGAGAACCGGGAAUUAGAAAUCUCAAAAAGCAUAUUGAGAAGAUUUACCGUAAGAUUGCUCUUAAGCUAGUACGCGAAGGAGCAUCCGCGGAAGCGCCUGCAGUAGCAGUUGAUGUUAGUGACACUAAAUCUUUGGCCAAGACCGAUUUAGAGGUUAAAAGAAUAAAAUUGACUGAUAUUAGGAAAUUACUCAAAACAGGAGUUAGAAAUCUCAAAAGGCAGAUUGAGAAGAUUUACCAUAAGAUUGCUCUUAAGCUUGUACGCGAAGGAGCGUUUGAUGUUAGUGACGCUAAAUCUUUGGCCACAACCAAUUCAGAGGUUAAAAGAAUGACAGUGGCUAUUAUGAAGUUACUCGAAGGGGUAGCUAAAAAGGUUGUGAUUGAAGAAUCAAACCUUGCAGAUUAUGUAGGCAAAUCUAAAUUCUAUGAACAGACACCAAUCGGGGUUGUUAUGGGUCUAGCUUGGACAUCCUUGGGUGGCUCGAUAUUGUUCAUAGAGACAACCUUUGUAGAAGAAGAGAAAGGCCGUACAACAACAGGUCAUCUCGGGGAUGUGAUGAAAGAAAGCACAGAGAUUGCUCACACAUUGGCCAGAAGCAUAAUGCUCAAGAAAGAACCCGAGAAUCAGUUCUUUGCGAAUUCCAAGCUUCAUUUGCAUGUUCCUGCAGGAGCCACACCAAAAGACGGUCCAAGUGCGGGCUGCACCAUGGUCACUUCCUUGCUAUCACUCGCCAUGAAGAAACAUGUGAGGAAGGAUCUGGCAAUGACCGGAGAAGUGACUCUAAACGGUAGAAUUCUUCGAAUUGGCGGUGUUAAGGAGAAGAUUAUAGCUGCGAGACAGAGUCAACUGAAAAGGAUAAUAUUUCCCGAGGGUAACCGUAGAGAUUUUGAUGAGCUCGCGGAAAACGUGAAAGAAGGGCUCGAUCUUCAUUUUGUCGAUGAAUAUGAAGAGAUUUUCGAGCUAUGA